UAUACUGAUAAACGAAUACUUUUAGCGCAGGCGGGGAUCUAAAAAAGCCAACUGUGAAAACAAAAGUACUCACUUGUGCGAUACGCAAAUCCAAGUGAAUAUGAAACAAAGCCGGAGUAAACAUUCAGCGAUUGCAGAUCUACAUCCACAAACGUCGCUGAUGUCAGUCAGACGCGGCGCGAAUUGAAGUGUAGCCAACCAAGCGUUGAGUGUGAAACGCAAAACAAGCGAAUUUAAAACGUUAUGCCAAGUGCCUUGUUUUAGUUGUUAAGACUAAGCAGCAAAAGUUCAUAGAAACAAUUGUGCAAGAAAGUGAAAGACGAGAGCAACAAAAGGGAAAGGCGAGCGAACCUAAACAAGAAAUCAGAAGAGAGAAAAAAGAGCACUGCAGCAUAGUAAAGACGAAGACCAAGACCAAGACUCGAGCCCGUCGAGCGUGCAAAUUAAAAGCGCACACAGUAGCUCCUCUCGAGGAGAGCGAAAGCAACAACACAAGCAACAUGGAAGUGGCAACCACAAACAAUCACAGUCAUCAUCUCCAGGCAGAUGGAGGAGGUGGAGUUGGCAGCAGCGGCUCACGUUCGCCAUUCCAGCGCGAGGUGCGUGAAUGGCAACGCAUCGAUCCCCAAACUGGGGCUCUGUUUAGUGGACGAUUGGAGGCAGAUCGCUGGAUAAAUGGACCACUGAAUAGCUAUGGCAAGAUAUCCGAUUCCCAAAACAUCUCACAGCCAAAUGGCACACAGCACACACAGCGCAAACAGUUGGAGGUGCUGCAGGCACGCACCGCCAACGGCGCCAUGCAAGUAAUUCGCACACAGACAGUACAAAAGACAUCAUCCACAUCGCGCUGGUCCUCCACAUCCACCUCCACAACCACUCGCACAGCAAACUCCAGCAGCAACGGCUGGGCCCAAUUCAAGCUAAAGUCCAGGCCGAGCCAAAGCGUUGACAUUUGUGAGCUCAGCGAUGGCGAUGGCGAUGGAGAUGACGAUUAUGAUGAUGAUGCCGAUGCCGCUGGCAGUAGUUUUAGUGGCAGCGAAUCCACAUCCACGCUGAGGCAUGACCACAAGAAGGAGCUGGUUGACGAUCAUGUUGAUUUUGUUGUGAUUAAUGGCCAGUCGAGCGAUCAAGACGAUGACGGCGUCACUGACGACGUUGCUCAUUUGCACAAACUUGGCCACAAUUUGUUACCCGAUACGGCUCCAAGCUUGAAAUUGAGCAAUCUAAUGAAAAGCAGUUCGAGUAUUUCCAGUCAAAGCAGCAACAAUUCAAAUUUAACAACUGCAACAGCAACAGCAGCAACGAUGUCGACGACGGCGGCCAACACCCACAGAAGUGCGGGUAAAAUAAGCCUACAUGCAAUUGUUGAACCGGCAUCAGCAUCAGCAUCAGCAUCAUCAUCGGCUUGGCCCAAGCAAGCUGACUUAUAUGGUCAGAGCAACAGGCGUGUGGGUGUUCCAGCAGCUGAAGCUGGAGCUGGAGCUGGAGCUGACGUAGUUGUUGGCACGCCAACGCAACGUCGUCGUGAUUUGGAAAGUUUCCGGCAUGACAACGGCAACGAGGCAGACGAUGAUUUGCGGCUCAGUGCGAGACACCAGCGUCGCCAGCAGGUGUCACAGUCUGUCUAUGCCCCACCAUUGACACCGAUCGCAACAUCGCUCCAGCGUUCUCGUUCCAUUUCCACGGAUGAUCUCAGCAACGAGUGGGACCGUCGCAGCAAUAACGACAACGACAUCGAAAACGAGGAACAUCCCGGCGAGUGGCGCCGUGUGAGUAAGCUGCGUCGUUCGUUUCAAUCGCAGGACCAUUAUAAGACCCCAACACCAGCAGUAAGGUCGCGCCCCUUGGACUUGCCCAGCAAUUCGGUGAGUGUGGCCCGCAUGCGGGCAGAAUUAGAGAACAGACGACGCCUGCACACGGCCAUGCGAAAUAAUCACGUGGAUCUAGCUGCCCUGGACACCAUAUUAAACAGUGCCACUCCAAAGCCCACAGUUGCUAAGAGGAACACAUUUCUGACAGCCGAAUCCCUUCAAGAAAUUCGCGGCAAGCUGAAGAAGCUCUCGGACGAGAGUUUGUACAAAGAGGACUUCCUAGCCUAUCAGGCCAGGAAGCAAUCGAAAGAAGACAUACAACCGCAAACAUCCGCUUUUCGCCCCGUCGCACAUAACACCCAUAGCUUGGAGUCACGCCAGCGUCAAAAAGACACCAACUCGAGUGAAUGGCAUUUGCGACGGAAAUCAUAUGGUUUUGAGAAGAUGGCACCGCCAGAGGAUAAAAGCAUUUUCCGUGUGGAUGCAUCGACAGAUUCUGGACUAGGCCGUUCAGGUGAACAACUGGGCAACUGGUCGCCCACUGAGAGGGAGCGAGAGCGGGCUGCAUCUGCCGUUAAUAAUGGUAACGGCAGUGGCACCAUUAUACAUUUCAGUCGUCAAUUGAAGCCAGGGAGCCCCCAGCCGAGUGAAGGCGAACUAAGCAAACGCCAUUCAAUUGCCGUCGAGGAAACUUGGCGGGAUAUUCGCAAAACCUCACAAGUCCAUGUAAAUGGUGAGAAUAUCACAAGCAGCAGUACUUCUUCUACCAGUCAUCUUCAGCGCAACAGUGCGCAAAAGCGUGUGGAAUUCUGCAAAACUGAAGUGCAUUUCGCAGCCGAAUCGGGACGAGUGAAUAUAGUGGAAACAGAUGGCAAACCACCGCCAACACAAAACUUUCGCCGACGUCGACGCACUGCGAGUGGUCCACUACAGAGUCUGGUAAAGGCAGCCAGUGCCAGUCCAAGCAACACAAGCGGCACCGAUGUAGUUACCCACUUUGGUGAUGAUUCACAGCGACGUAAGACAAUAGUCACAAGCACUGUGGCUUACAGAGCUACUUUAAUGGAACCACCAGAGGUAGUUAGCAACCAACCGAGUAACAAUAGCACCCAAGUCACUGUGACUAUACCGAAACCGAUUGCGUUGGAGACGCGUCGCUUUAGUCAAAUGGAGUCCACCUCGAGAAAUAGUUACACCUCGACCAGUGGAGUGGAUACGACGGACAACGAAACCGAUGAGUUGGCCAAUAUACGAGGAAUUUUAAAGAAUAAGCCAGUUAAACCGAAACCCUAUCAUUUGGGCGAGAAUAUUGAAAGUGCUGAUGUCCUAUGGAGUGUUCCACCAUCGAUCAAAAGUGACCGAGAAAGUCCCGCAGGCAAGGAAAGUGCAACAAUUGGCGAAUCGCCAGUUACAACCAAGUCGGUGGCCGAACGUAUACGCAUAGUGGAACAGCGGCAACACGAUCAACAGCAGAGCUCACCAGCUGGCAACGGAUACUCUACCAAGAUAAAUGUCAGCUUGGGCGCAGAAGACAACUGCCCAAACGAUUCAGGACAACGACAAGAGGCCCAUCGUCGCCGGCCCAGUGUCCAGGAGCUAAUGCUUGAGGAUUUACGCACCCAUCAGCGCAUUCUUGACGAGGGCUUGAAGUCCACAUCAUUGAUAAUGAAAACCAUGCGAUCAGCAAGCGAAUUCGAUGAGGCCAUGCGUCGUCUGAGCAUAGCCUCAAUCGAGUCCGCAUUGAUUCAACCCACGAUACUAGUGCCUAGGCCAAUGAUUCGCUCGCACAGUUACCAGGAGGAUACUAGAACAAGUUCAUCAUUGUCAUCCCGUCGAACAUCGACUACCUCCAUAGCCAGCAGUGAUUUGUUUGGCAGCGCCUUGUAUGAUUCACUGCCACGAACUCCAUUGACUCCGCCGCGUCUAAAGCUCCUAGGCAAUACUCAGAUACCUGUGAGUCAGCAGCUAACCCAGUUACGGCGACUAUAUGAUGCAGCCGACCAACAGGACGAGGACAGCGCCGAUGAGGAGGUGAAGCGAUACUUUCGCGAUAUCGACAGUGGCGGUGGUACGCAGUCGAGUUCAUCGCCAGAACCACCAAUGCCAUAUCAUAGCGAGGACGUCAAUCUCAUCAAGGGCACAGAGUACUCGAACAGCUGGAGUCGGAUGAAAGCCAAACGCACCGUUUGGAAAGUAGAGGCUCAAGGUCAAAUGCUUCGGCGAACAGAUCUUCCCAAGUCGAAUGUUAUGAACAUUGCUCUACACUCGCCACGAGUGGAGAUGCCAAAGGUCACUCCGCCUACACUACGCAUAGGCCAACUGGUGCCUGUGGCCAAGCCGCGGACCCUGUUCAUUCAACCUCAGCCACAACCUCAAACACAACAUCAUUCCCAGAUAACUGAAAAUAACGACGAGUCCGGCAGUGAGUCCCUCAAGAUCGUCAAGGAGGCGAGAGGGGCCCGCAAGCUACGGGAACACGAGCUCUCCUAUUUUGGUGUUCAGCAACAACAACAACCGAAAGUGCUUUCUACUUCCAACGUCCACAUGAAUCCCAGAAGAUCUUUACCCUCGAGGAGCCGAGUGAGCCAAAGUGACGAUGUCUCCACUACGACCACUACAAAGUGGCAGUUGCUCAACGAUCGACCCGAUUUAUUAAGACAUAGCCCACAGGGGGCCAACGAUAACGACAAUCACGAUAGUAACAAUAUAGAUGAUGACGACGAAAAUGAUGGGGAACAAGAGCAUUGUUAUGAGAACAUUGCCAACGAAUUGACUACUACUUUUAGGGUAAAACCUCCGUCACCUAGUAACAGUUAUGAGCGCAAGUCUGACUUGCAGCGGGAUGCCCAAAUCCUUAGCGAAAUGACACACAACGCUGAUCAAACUAUGAAGGCCCUUUCCGACGAGGCUGCCAUCAAGGAUCAGCGACGCCGACGAUCCUGCUCUUUGCAACGUCGUCAAGGCAAACCCCUCGAAACCAUCGACGAAAAGGUCAAGAUCUAUAAUUCAGAUCGACAACAUUCAUCAAGUGUAACCCGUGGUACCUUCGCCUCAGAGGCCCGUCGCAAUUCACGCCAAUCCACACCCUCGCCUACUCCACGAGCACGCAGCUCCUCCCAAUCCUCCAUUGAGUGCUGUCCACGUGCCCGGUCCCGCUCCAGUUCUCGAGAGUCCAUGACUCAGGGCGGUGCUUCUUCGGAUGAUCAAACAAGCAAGCCGCGGGUAGAACGUUUGCGCAUGCGCACCCCAAAGCGGGAGAAGUUGCGACAGGAUCAAGUCACGGAGCAUCGAUCUAGACACAGUAGUAAGCAGAAAUCUAGUGCGAGUGCACUUCCAGAAUCGACAAGGCGGAUUCAUCAUCAUAGUCGACACCGCAGCGGAGAGCAAGAACAUUCCGGUGAGGGUAAAAACAGCUCAUCCACGCGUCUCAUGCGUUCUUCUCGUGUUUCUGAUGAAAAUCGUCCACGAUCGAGUACCCACAGGAUCAGUGAUCGGGAACGUGAACGCGAACGUUCACGAGUCUCAACCGAAAAGCAUCGAGAGGAAUUGACGCGAUCGCGUGGUCACUCCAGUCGCUCUAGGCACACUGAGGAGCAGUUAACGAAACGCGAAAGUGCCAGCAGGCCAAUUAAGAGUAGAUCGAGUCGCGGCAGCCAUGACACAACAACAACAACAACAACAACAACAUCUUCGGCACACAAAAAGCCCACCACAUCGAACUCGAAAUCCACAUCGCACAAAGUAUCAUCGACACCAACAACAACUACAACUACAACAGCACCAACAGCGCACAACGAACUGACGUACGUAUACGUAACGAAUUUAGCCAAUACACAAACCAUUGAGAAGGAGAACGAGAAUGACGCCGAAGCCGACUGCGUGUACGAGGAAAUACCGCAACCGCCGCCACGCCGCAAACGCAAAAAUGCCUCGCUAAUCCCAGUGCCCGUACAAAGAGUCAAUCCCCUGCCUCCACCGCCCCCCCAAUCCUACGAGCAUCGCACAAAGCUUGAAAUGAUCCCACCAAGUUAUUCGAAUCAAUCCACCUUGCGGUGUCGCAGCAUGGCCCGGCGAAAGCCCUCUCUAAAGGCCACUCAGUCGACCAGCUCAAGUUUUGCCUUUCUACCAUAUUUGCCAGCCAAGCGCAAUUCAAGCGUUAGUCAUGUCUAUGACAAUUACUUGCUCUAUUCCACUAUAGCCACUCCGGCAACUGCAGGCAAGAAGCUUUCCAUGUCUAAGCUACGGCCAUAUCAGAACAAUCUCAGCAACGAGCACGCUCAACUUUUUGGCGGCCCCAAAACAGGGGCCGCCGUGGGGCGGUGGCCAAAGCGUCUGCGUAUGCGGCAAGUGCGUAGCAGUGUCUCCACCCAUCAGCCCUUUGGCAUCUGCACAUGUUCAUAGUCAGCGCUGGAUCCCCGCACACUUAGAAACCAAAUACAAAUUUAAGAACCGAUGGCAAAGAUCUCACACUAGUUUACUAUGCACGCACUUACCCCAACCCCCACCCAUUUCACCGCCAAUCAAACCUUUUCGACCACCUCGAAAAACGAAACCAAAACGAUGCACAACGAACAGUUUGCUAACCCCCAAGGGUUGUGUUCCUUCACCAUUUGCCUUUUACUAAUACCGAUUUAAGAGAUACUUAUUACUUUAUCCAACCAUGUUUUGUUUGUUGAUUUGUUGGAGCACAUUUACUCGGCCAAGGCAAAACUUAUACACACAAAAGAAUGAACUUCUUGAAAUUGUUUGUGGUUCUGUUUUUACUUUCGACAGCGUAAGCGAACUUUAUC